GUGAAACUUGCGAUAUAACGGUGUGCUGGACUACAGCCGCUAUCCGUCCCGGGCCAGAAGAAACACAGUCACAAACUCGUCAUGGGUGCUGUAGCGGGAUUGCUGUUUAUGGUUGUUGAACUAACUUAAUGCCCUAACCCUAGAAUAGGCUAGUAGACAACUUUUAAUACCUUUAUAAACCAAUGUCUGAAGUAAAAUCUGAGUACACUUUAUUCCAUGCAGAGCUUUUGUUGGAUGACUCUCUAUGCAGCAUUUUGGUGGGAUAGCUUCAUGUGGUCAUUGGUGUUUUGCUUCCUGCAUGUCCAGUUACUUGUUAAGAUGAAUUUUAAGUUUAAACGUUAUAGUGAUUACUUCGGGCCUUCUUUUUUUCUUUGUCUUGGUCAAAUUUGCUCUUUUCUGGGAGUAUUUCUCUUUCUUCUUCCUGGAAUAGGGAAUGAUCUCUUCAGGGUUUUUUUCAAUAUUGGAGCCAUUUGUGCACUAGGAAGCAUCCUGUUUUUGUUCUUGGAGAAAACAUUUGACGAGGCUGUACAUGGGGCAUGUAGUGCAAUAUUUGAUACCUUAAGGCACAAUGAAACACUGCAAGAAAUCCUGUCUACUGUUUUGGUUGGAUUUUUCGUGGGACUGAUCUGUUACUUAAGCCCACCACCACGUUGUCAGUCAUCUCAAAUUUAUGCCAGUGAUUGUGAAUUAAAGAGGAAACAGACAGAGAAGCAGCAAAAGGAAAUGGCAAAGAGAUUGGACAAAGUUAAGAAUGCAGGGACUGCUCUCACUAUUUGUAUGGUCAUUGGUAACGUACUCUGGGAAACUGGCAUGUUGUUUUGGAUUGUUCAUGAAUACUAUUCAGAUGUUAUCCUAUUCACUGGAGUCUUCAUCCUUGGAGCUGGAAGCUCAUUUGUAGGUAUCUGGCUGCGUAAUUUCACAGCAUUUGGCCUCACUCCUUUUGUAGUGGGAAACAUGUUUCUUGUGAUCAGCACUUUGUCUCUCAAAGGACCAUCAGGGCAGCUGGACAAGAUGUUUGAUAACACCAGAGGAACUUCUGCCACUUGGAUGAUAAUUGGCUUUGUGCUGACUCAGACGACAGUAUUCUGGUGGGACAGCUUUGUUGUGGCUUCAUUGUUUUGCAUUCUGUACAUCGGGUCAAUGUUCUGGUACUGCUUGUCCUAUGUCCCCCUCGGAAGGUUUGCAGCAGAGAAGGCACUAUCCUUUGUUCUGUAGAAAUGGGCUGCUACCCCAUCAAAAUAAGCAACUUUGCGUUUAUCUGUUGACAGUUGUAUAGAUCCAACAACAUAUUUCUUUGGAUUAGAGACAUUCUUAUUCUGUAAAGAACUGUGAAUUACUUUGUGUACGAAUUGUGUUAUACAAAUAAACUUGCCUUGCCUUGCCUAAAA